AUGGACAAGAAUGAAAUAUUUCUUCCUCCGUCAAACGGCGACCAGAAUUACCAAGACACUCUAGAGCAACUGGACCAAUUUGCUGGCGACGAUACCGAUGGAAUAGCCAAUAAGGCUAAAACCAUGUUCAGUGCGUUCACGGAUAGAGUGCAAGAGGGGUACAACUCAGCAUACAAUGCCCUUCCGUUGCAUAAUCAGGAUCUCGAUGCACAGCAGGAGCCAUCCUGGUUUAAGCUUUCGAGAUUCGAACGCCUCGUGUGUUUUUUCUGUUUUAUUGCCGGCUCGAUAGUGUGUUUUGGUCUGGGAAUACUACUAUUCCCUGUUUUGACAUUAAAACCUCGCAAAUUUGCCAUGUUGUGGACUUUGGGCUCGAUCCUGUUUGUGCUAAGCUUUGGAUGUUUACAAGGACCUGUGGAUUAUUGUAAGCAUCUUGUAUCCAAGGAAAGACUGCCUUUUACAGUGGUGUUUUUUGGCAGCGUUUUGAGCACGUUGUACUGCGCAGCGAUCUUAAAGUCGACGAUUCUCACUCUCAUCACGGGAAUCAUUGAGAUAUUUGCUGUUCUCUACUACACAUUGAGUUACUUCCCCUUCGGUGCACAAGGAUUCCAAAUGGUGGCCACAAUGGGACUUCGACAGUUUAGUAGUGUUUUCGGGUUUUAGGUGUAUAUUACGGAGUAGAUGUUCAAUUAAUAUUUAGCGAUUUAUUUAUUAAUUAUCAUAGCCUACAUACAA